CUUAUCGAAGAUUGGUUAGGGAAGGUUGGUCAAUUGAAUGACUCCAUUUUGUACGUGAAGGGCAUUGAGUCGUUCAUACCUAGAGCAGGAGGCGGCAGCGGAUAGGAAACGCGAUCAAGCAAUAAUGGCAGGACACGAUUCUGGAACACAACACCAAUUUACAGGAUUUAAGAAAUACUUCAAUAGCUACACAAUAAUAGGCAGAAGAAAUUAUGUGAUCCUUACAUAUGGAAGCCUUCUAGUGCUCUUCCUUGGAUAUAAAAUGAGGAAACCUAAGGAAAUUUCACACAAAUAAGUUCUUAUUGUUGGACCUUCCUUGUUGUAUUGCUGUCUGUGAGUUGCAGAAGCAGAUGCAGUUCAGUAAAUCAUGAAAAAUGACUAUAUUUGCCUUUAGUAUCAAUCCAUGAGUGAAAACUGUCCAAAUUUCUGAUGUGUAUUAUUAAUUAAAGAGACCCUCUCUAUCUA